AUGACCACCGACGCCGGGCGGGGCAUGCUCGACAACGGUUGGUGGUCAAAGUUUACAAGCGACCCAAAUGACUAUGACCUUGGUGGUCCAGUAGGCUUUGGAGCAUCGUCCACUGUCUACGCUGCAGCCUUCAACGUCCCCAACUCGCCGAAAGGAGAAUGGCGCGAGUGCGCCGUCAAGGUCUCGAGUGCGAGCUCCGACCUCGGACUGUUAUCCAAAGAGGCGCGACUCCUGUCCUUGUGCCGUCAUCCAAAUGUACUCCGCGUACUUGCGACCUUUACCCUGCCGCCAGAUCACGCGCGCGUCGCCAUUGUGACGCCACUCAUUCACGGUGGUAGCCUUGCUGGCAUUCUCGAUUGGCGCGCAUGUACGCCAUCCAAGCGGCGGCCGGCCGGCGCACAUGGAUUCGACGAGGACGAAAUCAAGGCCAUCACCAAACAAGUGCUCGACGGCUUGGCAUACUUACAUCAGAAUGGCUUCCUGCAUCGUGACUUGAAGGCUGGCAACUUUCUCAUUCAGCCAGAUGGCACAGUCCUCCUAGCCGACUUUGGCGUCGGCGGCGAUAUCAAUCUCCCCCCGACACAAGCAGAGACUGUUCCGGUGUCUGUCGAGGCCGUGCGGUUCGAUCGACCACGAAAGCUGCUCAUUCCAACGAGCUCCGAUCCAGCUCCACCAGUGAUGAUGCGAGAGAUCGGCAAGCGCCAAAGCUUCGUUGGGACGCCAUGCUGGAUGUCGCCCGAAGUCAUUCUGGGCCGGCCAUACGACGCGAAAGCAGACAUAUGGAGCCUUGGAGUCACCCUCAUCGAGCUCGCGAGCGGCUCGCCCCCCAUGAGUGGGAAGCCUUCGGAUAUUCUGUCUGCGACGGCAACCGGAAAGGCGCGGCCUACCCUCGGACCCGGCUUCAGCAAGCACAUGCGUGAUUUUGUCGACGUGUGCUUGCAACAAGAUCCGACGAAGAGGCCGACUGCUUCGAAACUCGGCGAGCACUCCUGGCUACGAGGUGCGAAGAAGCCAUCUUUCCUCGCAGAAUCGAUUCUUGGAGAACUCCCCACUAUCAACCAGCGACAGGAGCUGCGUCGCGUCUCCACCAUGACGUCGAUAGUCAGUGGCGCCCCUUCAUGGGACUUUAGUUUCUCAGUCCCACCAUCACCGGUUACCCGAUUCGCGUCGCCAAGCGUGGCGUCCUUGACAGCCGUUGCCGGCGGCGCUGCCGGAUCGCCAACCAUGGAGAUCCCUCCAUCACUUUCCUUCCGAUCCCGCUCCCAAUCUCGCGCUAGCUCUCGUGGCCCAAGCUCGCCGAGGAUCAGCCUGAACCAGUGGGCUGAGCGAACCUCGUCCGGCUACUUUGAAUCGAUGCCACCUACCCCCACGGACGCGUCGUCUGGCUUCGGCUCUGGCUUUGCCAGCGGUAUCGUGUGGCCCAGUCCUCGCCGGUCGACAGCGGAUCGGCCUCGUUCAGGUGCUGCCGCGGCGGGACCGACAACAGCCAGAGUCCGCAUGGGAAAGAGCUCGUCGUUCCAGAACAGCGACGGGCCUUCGGGACUAGGCUUCCCUGUCUACGGGAGCAGCAACCCCCUCGGUGCGGCGGGCCGUCAAGUCUCCGAGUCGCCGUUACGGCUCACGACGACUCUCGAGCCCGAAGACUCGUCUGCGUGCUCGGACAUUUCGGACCCAGCCCCAACACCCUCCGCGAGCGCAAGCACGUCGUCGCACGCGACCGCCCACUCCCUCUCCACUCCACAGCACGGGUCGCCCGAAUUAGGCGAUAGAAUCUCCAUCACAGACCACGACGACGCGGUACACAUAUCGGCGCGUGGUCGGCGGCCAAGCGAUCGCAAGGCCGAGCGACCCAAAUUGCUCCCAAUCAGCCACCCGUUCGUGCUCGAGACGCCGCUAUCACGCGAGCGCACAAUCGCAUCGGACAUGGCGAGGAGCGUGUCCAGCAGCAACGGGGCGAGCGGGAGCGGCACUCCGAUGUCGCGUAGCCAGUCCAAGGGAGAGAAACAUGGCUGGCUCCAUUUCAAGCAUGACCGCAAGGACAUGCCGAAAGACAAGGACAAGGACGUCAAGGAGCACUCGUUCCUCGGCUCGCUGAUGGCUCGUAGAUCGAGCAAGAAGGCCGUGUAG